GCAGAGCUGCUGGCAGAGAAGCUUGGCAGUGGAGCCACGAUGCAGGUGGCCAUUAAAGAGAUUGACCCAUUCGACAUGUACAUCUGGUUCGAGCUUCACAAGACACCGUCAGAAGACGAUAUGAACACACUCGGCAGUGUCAUCCGAGCAUGGUACGUGGUGGGCAAGCUGGGAGGGUACAACUCCGCCAACCUGCAGCUAAUGGAGGGCGAUGAAUCAUCCAAAUACAAGUACGAUGUGGGCACAGCAGCAUCUGCGCUCCCUGCCUUGAUGCACAACGUUGGGGACCUCGAGUUUCAAGACAACCUGGGGAGGAUAUGGCUAGACAUGGGAACAGCAGACAUGAUGGCUGUUGACAUUCUCAUCAACUCCCUCAAUGCUGUUAGCUCCGA